GUCCCUGUUUCGAAUGUCGGGAACGCGCCCUGGGUAGGAGGCCGCGCGUUCUGCUGGGGACACAACUUGUUCAAAUCUAAAGCUCAAGGUCGUUGACAGCCUCCGGUACCUUGGAUUUCAGGAAUAUCCUCUCCCACCCCCCUUCCCCCUCUGUCAGAGCAUGGCUCAGGAGACCAAUCAGACGCAAGUGCCAAUGCUUUGCACUAUGGGAUGUGGUUUCUAUGGUAACCCUCGCACCAAUGGCAUGUGCUCUGUCUGCUACAAGGAACACCUGCAGAGACAACAGGGAGGGGGACGAUCCAGCCCUCCCGGAGAGAAAGCUGCUACAUCACCAUCAGGAUCACCAACAUCAGCAACUGUAACUGUGGAAGACACAAACUCAGAGCUUAGUACAGAAGCAGCAGGAACGCAAGCUGAGGAACAAACAACCAGUCCCAGCUCUCCGAGCCCAGUAACUCAACAGAUGACAGCUAUGAGCAUCUCCCCAGACUCAGGGGCCGUAGACUCCGAUCGAGCAGUGGUUGAGGGAGGAGAGGAGGAGGAAGAUGAGGAAGAGGGCACAUCCAAUAGCGCAGAACCUGUGGGUGAUGAUGCACAAGCUUCUUCUGAAGGUGACCAAACCCCCGAUAAGAACAAGAAAAAGAACCGCUGCUUUUCUUGCCGGAAGAAAGUGGGCCUUACUGGUUUUGACUGUCGCUGUGGCAACCUGUUCUGUGCCAUCCAUCGCUACUCUGACAAACACGACUGUCCAUACGAUUACCGGAGUGCAGCUGCUGCACGCAUACGCAAGGAGAACCCCAUCGUGGUGGCUGAAAAAAUUCAGAAGUUAUGAGGACUAAGUGCAAUAAAAGUCUCUACGACUUUGUGAAUUUGAACAAUGGCAACUUGGAUGAAAAACACCCGACAUCGUGGCUUCAUUUGUUCAAGGUAGUCGAAGGCGGGCGGGGUGGAGCGACGUGGUCGCAGCAAAAGUCAAGACACGCCCCUUACUAGUAUUUCCCUCCCUCUCUUUCUCUUGCUCUCUCUCUCUCGCUGCUAGUGACUGCAGCUAAAUCUGAGUGUCAGUGUUUUGGGCUUGUAUGAAAGUGUGUGUGCGCGUGUGUUUGCAUACAUCUGCUUGAGAGUUAGGGAGAGAGUAGUAGGGGCUUAAUGGACAUUUGUUUUGCCAUGGGGAGGGAAGGGAUUUCAUUUUAGACCUUUUUGUUUCUCAACUUAGAGGGAUCGUGUUAGUCAUUUUUAUUUGUACAAUCCCUGUGGGUCAUUGAAAUAAAAUGGGUAUAAGCAGUUUGGGAAUGUGCCACAGCCUGGAUAAUGAAACCAUAUUAUUCAGAAGGUGUUAGUUCAAAAAGAGAAACAAAAAAAAAUCAUGUGUCAGACCUUUUUAAGGGCUUUGGAAUAUUUUUUGUCUUAGACUUUAAAAUUUCUGUAACCUUCAUUUUGAAAUUGCUUUUUCCCCCUCUCUUUAGCUCUCAUUCUUUGGAUCACCACAUGUUGAAGUCCGAAGGCUCAGCAUUUUUUUCAAAAUUUCUUUCUUUAGGUUGACAUGCAUGGAUACUGGGUACAUGAACAGCUAUUGAUUGGGGAGAGAAAGGUCAGAGCUGUUGGAGAACCUCGACUUAACUGAGUGAUUGAAUCCUGUUUUUUUUUUUUUUUCUGUUUUAAUGAGCGUAUGACUUCAGAAGAUCUAUAUUAAUAUAUUCUAGUUAGCUUGAAUUGUGUGAUUGCAUUCUAUUUAUUUUAUAUUGUUUGGUUGGUAUGUGCUGGAGGAUUGGUGGCAUGUGUCAGCAGAUUGUUAGGAUUUGCACUUUGCAGUUUUAUUUAAUGAAUUCCAUCCUUACUCUAUAACCAUGAAAGUAAAAUAAUACAACCUCUCAUAUGGAUUGGAGUGCAGUUUCACUGCAAUCUGUGCAUUAAGAUUGCCUUUUUCUCACUGUUUUUCUUCUUUGAAAUAAAGCACAACAAUGGAUAUCAACUGCAGAGCACAAAAUAUGUGCCAACCCUACUUGGUUUUGUUCAGCAUUUUGGUCAUUUGAAGUUCUUAUCUGAGCUAUAGAACAGGCUCAGAUGAAAAAUAAUGUCUUGUUUUAGUAAUGAGGUGUACUAUAGGAGAUUUUCCUUGAAAACCUUUUUUUGUGUGUGUGCAUUUUUGUUUUUGGAGUCGGAGUGAGGCUCCACGUUUCUCUAACCACCAGCAGACCACUGACACAUGCUGAAUGAAAACUGACCCGGGUCGCAGUUAAGCUACACAAAAACAUUGUUCUGCUCAGCUACAGCAAAGAUUGUCGCCGUGCUGUGCUUUCUGUUCUUUUUUUUCUUUUUCUUUUUUACAUAGCAGUCUGAUUCAGACGAGUCCUUAUGCAAAGAUCGCUUCUAGCUAGCUUGUUUUCAGGAAGUUCUGACCUGAUGCAUGUGUGCAGUUGGACAUGAAGCCCAGCGUUGCAAGUUGACUGCAUAGUUGGAAAUGUUGGAGCUGUAGUCUGGAAAGGCCACCCUCAGCAGUAGCACAAUGCAUGGCUGAAACCUUUGGGGCUGAAGUUAUCAGGACUCAACAAUUUAUUAUUUUUUUUUUUCCAAAUGUAAAUAACAUAUGGCUCCAAUUCAUAUAGUAUAAUCUUUAUGUAGAUUAUUGCCAGGUAACUAAGGUGAUGGAUUGAGGUGAAGAAUAGUACUAUGUGUAUUAAAGUGCUUUUCAUAAUUAUCCAAAAAAAGAAAAGUGCCCUUACUGGCACUGACAAUUUUACCAAUUUAUUACCCCAUUUAAUGUACAAUUAUAACAUGUAAAAUUUUGUCUUUUCUGUAAGCCACCUGCUACUUGUAUCUUCACCAAGCCAUGCAUCUUCUAUUUUUUACAAUCAUAAUGUUUAAAAAAAAAGCCUCCUUACGCAUUUAACAUCCCUUACUCUGUAUUCUGAUCCAUGCUUUUAUCCUGUUACUGAGAUUAAAAGUUUAUAAAGGCCCCCGUGACGUUCAGGUAGCAGUUGAGGUUUCACGUUUUCAUUAUUUAAGCUUUCCCCGUAAACGGCGCUUGAUCUUGAUCAUUAAGUAUUUAUAGAAAAGCUGAAAGGAAACUGAAAGGUGUUUUUUAUUUUUAUUUUUGUUUGUUUUUUUCCCGAAAAGAAUCUAAUGCAGAUUGUGAUCGAUGUGAAGCUUUUCUUCUGAGAUGAGUUUCCGCUUUAACUCCUCGAUUUGAAUUCCUGUUGAAGUCUCUGUGUUGGUGAUGGACAUGUCUGAAUGGCUGCUGGGGUGAGGACUUGGCAUGCCAAUACCGAGCCCAUUUACCUGUGAUAGGCUGAGCGUCUAUAAACCCUGACUGUGAUUAAUUUCUCCUGCCGUUUUGCAUCUAGUGGAAAAUUGAAAUCCAGAUGGGGGUGAAUCUUGGGUGAUGAUGAGACAAAUAACAGUCUCGCUUUACGAAGACUUAUAGCUGGUGAAUUCUGAAUAUACAUACAUAUAUAUAUAAACAUAAUUCCCAGACUUUAAAAUAUUGUUUGAUACAGAACAUUUAGUUUUGCUUUACAGAUGACUUGUAAUAAGAUUGUUCGGCUGCAUAGAUCAUGGGGGUCCCAGGAUUUGUGCUUAUUAACGACUGCUCAUAUCAGUAACCCGACCCUGUAAACAGGCUUUUUUCUAAUAAUUACGAGCAGUUUGAAUGUAAACCACGAUAUUUCACACAACAUGUUAUGAUGUCAAUUUAACAGACUAUUUGGAUUUUAUUUUGACUGUUUCAGGGAGAGAAUGGAUAGCCAGUUGUCAUUUUUACGCAAGUGUCAGUUGAACCACUAACAUCGUUUAGACUGUGAUUUGGCACCAGCAACUAGAGUUAGCAUUCCUACAUAAUCUAGAUUCCAUCAGUACAUUAGCCUCUCUUUUUUUUCUGUGUAUUGAUUAUGUUCUGCUGUCUUCAAUUCAAUGUUAACGUCACCGUUGAUAAUAAAUGUCUUGAUCAUACAGGAGGUUUGAUUGAUAUUGAUAAAUCUAUAUCUUACGUUUUGUUUAAGUUCUGUUUCCCCACAGGAGUAAAUGCAGAUUAAGGUUAUUUUGAUCACUGUCAUUAAAGAUUAAUUGUGGAGAUUUCAGAUUAAAUUUUUGUUCAGAGAUAUAGUUCCUGUCCCUUCGCACUCCAGUCCCCCAGAGACACCACCAGAUAACCUUUUUUUUUCUUUUAAGAGUUAGGAUUGUAUGAUGUGUAAGAUUAAGUAUAAAACAAUAAAAUCACAAAGUUUAUUUUAAAGUA